UUAUUUCAUAAUAUGAGUUUCUUAUCUCAUAAUUUCUAUUUUUAAUCUCAUAAUUAUGAUUUACCAUUGAGAACUUUUGUGUCAGUAGCGGAAACGGGUUUCCAUAAUAAAAGCACUGUUUAGAAAAAAAAUGCCACUCGCACAACAGCGCCCCCACAUGGCUGUCAAGAGACACGUGAGACAAUGCACAACAUCAGACGCGGUGUAAAAUUAAUCCUGUUUGUUUUUAACUAUUGAUUGAACAGAAGGUAAGAUUACUGUCAUGUAUAGAAUCAGAAUCAUACAGAAUACAUUUCUUUACUUAAAAAAUAUAUGUAUUAUAUUUUUUAUGAUUGUCAUUAUGUUAUGUAUUUUCUGCACUAUGGCCCAUUCCUGUAGGUGGCGGUAGUGAAUUUCUAGCUGUGCUUCCCGCCGUGUAUGACUACCAAAGAAGAAGAGCAAGGUUUACUCGGUCAAAUAUGGCGGCACAGUUUGGCUGUAGAUCGCUACUGCGGCCCUUCCGCUUACAUUUCACUGACAGCUUCUCCCGAGGCACAAUUUUGCCGUCCUGCGUAACUUUAAGACAAUACGUCUGCUCCGCAAAAUGGAGGUCGUCUUCACGUCCCAUCGGCCUCCUCUCAGUGGCGCGAACAUACAGCUCGGAAGCAAAGGACGACCUGGUGGUGAAGUACCUUGACGGACAGGACUAUGGUAUUGUGGUUGUUGGGAUUAACCGACCAAAAGCCAAAAAUGCUAUUAGCAAGAAUCUGGUAAAAAUGAUGUCCGAGGCUGUGGAAAAUAUCAAAAAGAAUAACAAAGUACGCAGCGUCAUUUUGUGCAGCUUAGUACCGGGGAUCUUCUGUGCUGGAGCAGACCUGAAAGAGAGAGCCAAAAUGCAUCAAAGUGAAGUCGGACCGUUUGUGUCUAAAGCCAGGGCACUAAUCACAGAACUGGGUAACCUGCCAAUGCCAACAAUAGCGGCCAUUGAUGGAGCUGCAUUGGGGGGCGGGUUGGAAAUGGCCCUGGCCUGUGACAUCAGAGUUGCCUCUGAUGCUGCUAAAAUGGGUCUGGUUGAGACCAAACUUGCUAUUAUUCCUGGAGCAGGUGGUACUCAGCGUCUCCCCAGGGUGAUUGGCGUGUCUCUGGCCAAGGAGCUCAUCUACACGGCCCGAGUGGUGGACGGCACGGAGGCCUGCCGCCUCGGCCUCGUCAGUCAUUCUGUGGACCAGAACAAAGCUGGAGAUGCCGCCUAUCUGCGAGCUUUGGCGCUCGCUCGUGAGAUUAACCCUCAGGGUCCAAUUGCAGUCAGAAUGGCAAAACUAGCCAUUAAUCAGGGUAUCGAGGUGGAUCUGUCGACAGGAUUGGCGAUCGAAGAGGCUUGUUACGCACAAGUGAUCCCAACUAAAGAUCGACUUGAGGGUCUCGCUGCCUUCAAGGAGAAGCGGAUUCCCAACUACAAGGGCGAGUGAGAGCCCCCAGAAGACUUCCAACAUGUCGAGAAGGCAACACGGGCAUCCGCUUGACAGGCCUCAGUUGGUGGGGGGGCGGGAAAUGUUGAUGAGCGUACCGCCAACUCCAAUCGCUAACAAUGUAUCAUCAUAAUUGCAGUCUCGGCAUCGCCAAUCCUGAAGCCAUCCAAUCAGAACUAACUUGCUAUUUUUUUUUAAUUUGUCAACUAUUUCUGUCUGCUAUUAAAAUCACACACUGUGACCUGAA